GCAAUGAAUAUACGCUGUGCUAAACCCGAAGAUUUAAUGGCCAUGCAACAUUGCAAUUUGCUAUGUCUGCCCGAGAACUAUCAAAUGAAAUAUUAUUUUUACCACGGCCUGACUUGGCCACAGCUCAGCUAUGUUGCCGAAGAUGACAAGGGCAACAUUGUGGGUUAUGUCUUGGCCAAAAUGGAAGAACCAGAAUCGGGCGAAGACAGCAAAAGGGGUCACAUAACAUCGUUGGCGGUCAAACGCUCUUACCGACGUCUGGGCUUGGCACAAAAACUCAUGAACCAGGCCUCCAAGGCCAUGGUGGAGUGUUUCGAUGCUCAAUAUGUUUCGUUGCAUGUACGCAAAAGCAAUCGUGCCGCCUUGAAUCUGUACACCAAUACGUUGAAAUUCAAAAUUAUCGAAAUUGAACCCAAGUAUUAUGCAGAUGGCGAGGACGCUUAUGCUAUGCGUCGAGAUUUGGGCGAAUUUAACUCUUCAAAGGCUGAUAACAUAGAAAAUCAAGAAAAUAAUCAAGAUAAUAAAAUACACUAUCGGGAGUCGGGCACCGCCAAUCAUCACGAUCACAGUAAUCACGAUGGUCACUGUUGCUAGAAUAGCAAUGGCCCAAACAAACUAAAGGAAAAUCGUAUCUAUAGCAUACAUCGGGAAUACACUCGUCACAUAAGGCGGCGAAACAGUAUUUGUCCAAACUAAUAAUUAAUUUAAAAAAUCUUUUGCAUUUUAAGUUUUUUUAUUCUGAUGGAUGAACAAAAAUUCUUCUUUCCUCAUUGUGUACAUAGGAAAUGCAUAGUUCUUUAAUAAAGAAUUGGAUGAAAUAUAA